AUGGUGAAGUACGCGAGGGAACCCGCCAACGCCACCAAAUCAUGCAAGGCGAGAGGCUCAUACUUCCGCGUCCACUUUAAGAACACGCGCGAGACAGCGCAGGCGAUCAAGCACAUGGAUCUGACCAAGGCGAAGCGGUUCCUGGAGGACGUGAUCGCGCACAAGCAGGCCGUGCCCUUCCGCCGCUUCUGCGGCGGCGUGGGGCGCACGGCGCAGGUGAAGCUGGUGCACUCCAACGGCCAGGGCCGCUGGCCCGCCAAGUCCGCUCGCUUCCUACUCGACCUGCUCAAGAACGCCGAGAGCAACGCCGAGGUGAAGGGGCUGGACGUGGACUCGCUGCACGUGAGCCACAUUCAGGUCAACCGCGCGCCCAAGCAGCGCCGCCGCACGUACCGCGCGCACGGUCGCAUCAACCCCUACAUGUCGUCCCCGUCCCACAUCGAGCUGAUUCUCUCAGAGAAGGAGGCGGAGGUCAGGAAAGAGGCUGAGGAGGUUCUCCCACCCAGCCGUCGCUCUCGCUCCCAUCCCGCCGUAUCCUCUCCCUCACUACCCGCCUUCACCUCUCCUAUUCACCUCACAGUCACUCAGUCCCACCCCGCGAUCUCCUCUUCCUUACCUCCCCGUCGUCGCCUCUCCCUCCUCCCCGUCGUCGCCUCUCCCUCCUCCCCGUCGUCGCCUCUCCCUUACCUCCCCGCCGUCGCCUCUCACUCCUCCCCGCCGAUUCGCCUUUCCCUCCUCCCCGCCGUCGCCUCUCCCUCCUCCCCGUCGUCGCCUCUCCCUUACCUCCCCGCCGUCGCCUCUCACUCCUCCCCGCCGAUUCGCCUUUCCCUCCUCCCCGCCGUCGCCUCUCCCUCCUCCCCGUCGUCGCCUCUCCCUUACCUCCCCGCCGUCGCCUCUCACUCCUCCCCGCCGUCGCCUCUCACUCCUCCCCGCCGAUUCGCCUUUCCCUCCUCCCCGCCGUCGCCUCUCCCUCCUCCCCGUCGUCGCCUCUCCCUUACCUCCCCGCCGUCGCCUCUCACUCCUCCCCGCCGUCGCCUCUCACUCCUCCCCGCCGAUUUGCCUUUCCCUCCUCCCCGCCGUCGCCUCUCCCUCCUCCCCGCCGUCGCCUCUCCCUCCUCCCCGCCGUCGCCUCUCCCUCCUCCCCGCCGUCGCCUCUCCCUCCUCCCCGCCGUCGCCUCUCCCUCCUCCCCGCCGUCGCCUCUCCCUCCUCCCCGCCGUCGCCUCUCCCUCCUCCCCGCCGUCGCCUCUCCCUCCUCCCCGCCGUCGCCUCUCCCUCCUCCCCGCCGUCGCCUCUCCCUCCUCCCCGCCGUCGCCUCUCCCUCCUCCCCGCCGUCGCCUCUCCCUCCUCCCCGCCGUCGCCUCUCCCUCCUCCCGCCGUCGCCUCUCCCUCCUUCCGCCGUCGCCUCUCCCUCCUCCCGCCGUCGCCUCUCACUCCUCCCCGCCGAUUCGCCUUUCCCUCCUCCCCGCCGUCGCCUCUCCCUCCUCCCCGUCGUCGCCUCUCCCUUACCUCCGCCCCGUCGCCUCUCCCUCCUCCCCGCCGUCGCCUCUCCCUCCUCCCCGCCGUCGCCUCUCCCUCCUCCCCGCCGUCGCCUCUCCCUCCUCCCCGCCGUCGCCUCUCCCUCCUCCCCGCCGUCGCCUCUCCCUCCUCCCCGCCGUCGCCUCUCCCUCCUCCCCGCCGUCGCCUCUCCCUCCUCCCCGCCGUCGCCUCUCCCUCCUCCCCGCCGUCGCCUCUCCCUCCUCCCCGCCGUCGCCUCUCCCUCCUCCCCGCCGUCGCCUCUCCCUCCUCCCCGCCGUCGCCUCUCCCUCCUCCCCGCCGUCGCCUCUCCCUCCUCCCCGCCGUCGCCGCUCCAUCCUCCCCGCCGUCGCCUCUCCCUCCUCCCCGCCGUCGCCUCUCCCUCCACGCGGUUGCCUCUCCCUCCUCCCCGCCGUCGCCUCUCCCUCCUCCCCGCCGUCGCCUCUCCCUCCUCCCCGCCGUCGCCUCUCCCUCCCUACUUUGUUUUUUAG